AUGAUUCAAUCCUCUGUAAAGAAUCCCUUCAAUUCUUUCAGAGUCAUGCGGCGCAGACCAUGGCGAGUUUAUGGACGACACGACUCGCCACAAGCUUUACAGUAUCACGAGGGAACUCGAUUUACACUUGCUCUAGGAGAGUCGCCCAACAGUGAGGGCUACUAUCACCUACCCGCCAAAAACUUAUUCAAGAUGAGAUGGAAUUGCACCCUAGAAAAAGAGGCAAGGCAGCUUGACCAAAGGCUUGUCCUGACAUCGUAUCAGGCGUGCCAGAAAAUGGAAGGAAUCUUUUCCAGCACUAAACAAGGAAAGUACAAUUUUCUGAGCGAUGCAGUAGAUUUUUGGCUUUACGAAUCGGAUCGCCUUCCUAUGGGACCUAACGCUACCUUUAAUGACACGAGAAUGUACCCUUUCGCCAAUAUGGCUUACCAGAUGAUUUACGAAGUCGGUUGUCACUACGAACAGUGUGGCUCAACCAAAGCUUCAGUUCUCUGCAUCUACAACACCAGAGUUCCCCUAAACGUGCAGCUGUACGAAAUAGGAAGCUGGAACCAAACCAUUGCGGGUUGUGCAUGGGAAUGA